GCGCUGUCACGGGCGGGAGGGCCGGGCCGAGCGGGCUCCUCCCGUCAGCUGUUGCUGCCCGGGCCGCGCUUGGCGCCGCCCGUUCCCCGGUAAAAGGCGGCGGCGCGGGCGGGGAAGGAGCUGCUGCGGCCGCGGCGAGGCCGGGGAGGAGCGAGAAGGAAGACUUGCCAGACAAGACCCAAGACCUUCGCUUUUCUAAUAAGGUGAUUCUGAAACUGUGUAGACAGCUGCUACCCUGAGCUCCUGAGCUGCUUGGUGCAGGAAUUCAAAGAUGCAGCAGGACUGACAGUGAGGACAGAAGGCUCUCCCUGAAGAAGUACAGAGUGUGAGCUCCUGGCCAUGUCUAUCACAGAUCACAGCCCCACCACAGGCGUGGUGACUGUGAUCGUGAUCCUGAUCGCCAUCGCGGCGCUGGGGGCCCUGAUCCUGGGCUGCUGGUGCUACCUGAGGCUGCAGAAACUCAGCCAGUCUGAGGAUGAGGAAAGCAUUGUGGGCGAGGGAGAAACCAAAGAGCCCUUCCUGCUGGUGCAGUACUCUGCUAAAGGACCCUGUGUGGAGAGGA